AGUUGGUUUUUUUCUUUCAAAUUGAAUAGUUUGCACCAGCAAUCGUUCAAAAGUGAGAACGCUUCUAGCGUUUGAUUCAUUUAGAAGUGUAAAGACAGCGAAAGUAUCAACACAUUCAGAUUUUGAUUUCUUCCAAGUUCAAGUGAAUUUGUUGUGAAGCUACGAAAAAUGGGAGACUGGUAUUGGGAAGACGAAGGAUUUAUCGUUGACAACGAUGGUUACGUCAACGUUUGGGUGGAUGGAUCUUGCUUGCGAAAUGGCCAACCUGGUGCUCGUGCUGGUUACGGUGUUGUCUACGAUUACGAUCAUUAUAUGAAUGUGAGCGCACCGGUAAAGGGUCGAGCAACGAACAAUGCCGGCGAAAUUCAAGCGGCAACACGUGCUAUCCGAGACUGUGGUCGUACUGGCAUUGAAAAAUUGCGCAUCAACACGGAUUCAGAUUUUUUGCGUGCAUCUGUUUGUGAUCGAUUACCGCGUUGGGAACGAAACGGUUUUCGUAAAGUGAACGGCGAUCCGCUGGCAAAUCAACGCGAUUUUAUGGAAUUAAGCCGAGCAUUGGAAUACAAUUCACACAUGGACAUCGAAUUUUAUCAUGUUCCAGCACAUGCAGGUGAUGAAUACAACGAAGAAGCUGACCGUUUGGCCAAGGAAGGAGCAAUGCAAUACCGGCCACGUUACAAUUAAAAUAUCGAUAAAACAAAUGACAGUUAAAUUCAUGAAAAAAAAAUAAGCAAAAAACAUAAAACUUCCCUAUGUUGCAUUUGCAUGAAUGAUGUCAUCCGGUUGAAUUAAUGACAAUAAAGCAAAACAAUACAAAA